AUAGUGUUUUUGAGAAAAUCUCUAUAUAAAGUAAUGGUUUGCCACAGUUUGUUUCCAAGCCAUAACACAUUCAAAUUCUAUACUGUUCUAUUUCUAAAUUUCUAAUACUAAUAUGGCUUCUGCUUCUUCGUUUCCGAAGUUUUCUCUCACUUUGCUUCUCCUUCUGCUUGUCUUGGGAAGCACCAAUGCUCAACUUUCAACAAAUUUUUACUCCAAAUCAUGCCCAAACUUGUUUUCCGCUGUGAAAUCCACUGUUCACUCUGCUAUAAUGGAAGAGCUCCGGAUGGGUGCCUCUCUGCUUCGAUUGUUCUUCCAUGACUGCUUUGUUAAUGGAUGUGAUGGAUCAUUGCUACUCGACGACACAUCUUCCUUCACAGGAGAAAAAAAUGCAGCCCCAAAUCGUAACUCUGCUCGCGGAUUCAAUGUGGUUGACAACAUCAAGUCUGCAGUCGAGAAAGUUUGCCCUGGUGUAGUUUCAUGUGCUGAUAUCCUGGCUAUUGCUGCUAGAGACUCUGUUAAAAUUCUGGGAGGCCCCUACUGGGAUGUGAAACUUGGAAGGAGAGAUGCCAGGACUGCAAGCCAGGCAGCUGCCAAUAACAGCAUUCCUCCCCCAACUUCUAACCUGAACCGACUCAUCUCCAGGUUCAAUGCUCUUGGACUUUCCACCAGGGACUUGGUUGCUUUAUCUGGGUCACAUACAAUUGGACAAACAAGGUGCACAUCAUUCAGGGCCCGCAUAUACAAUGAGAGCAACAUUGACAGCUCCUUUGCUCAAACAAGCCAGAAAAACUGCCCAAGAACAUCUGGCUCAGGGGACAACAAUUUGGCACCACUUGAUAUCCAGACUCCAACAUUUUUUGACAACAACUACUUCAAGAACCUAAUAAACAGGAGAGGACUCCUCCACUCUGAUCAAGAGCUGUUCAAUGGUGGCUCCACGGAUUCCAUUGUUCGAGGUUACAGCAACAACCCAAGUUCCUUCAGUUCUGAUUUUGCUACUGCCAUGAUCAAGAUGGGAGACAUUAGUCCCCUCACUGGAUCAAGGGGAGAGAUCAGGAAGAACUGCAGGAGGGUGAAUUAAUUGAUGAGUUGAUGGAUGCUUUGUCUUUGGAAUAAAAACAAAUAGUGAUGGAAAUUUUGCUUCUCAAGUGGUUGUAUCAAUUUACAUUAUUCAUUAGGCUUGUGUGCGUUCUUUUAUGUUUUCCAAAUUGUUCAAUGGCUUAGGUCCUGCUGCUGAGACUGUGAUCAAAAAGUGACCUUGGUUAGAAUAAAAAGUAUUUGAGUAUUAAUAUAAAGAAAAUUUCUCUUUUGCGUUAGGCCAUUAUUAUUUUUUCUCCUUUUAAUUUUUGAAUGCUGGUGAGAUCAUUGUGAG